UUCUCUUCAAAGCGCUCGUUGGCUGUGUGUAAGCAGAGCAUCUUUCUGCCAAGCUUCCAUCUCCUGAAGUUGAUGUUUUACAGACUCCAGAGGGUCAUUUCAAAACCACUGUUUCACUCUCUGAGGCAGCUCCUUUUGUUACGCAGUUCCCGAAAACUGACCUCAAAAAUGUCUUUCCAGUAUCCACAAGCUUACCGUGACGAUGCAGUUAUGGAUGCCUAUCACGGCGACAAAGUACCAGAUCCAUACAGCUGGCUGGAGGACCCGGACAGUGAAAAGACACAGGCCUUUGUCACCGCCCAGAACCAGCUGACUGUGCCAUAUUUAGAGAGCUGCGAGGUGCGAGACCUGUUCAAGGAGCGCAUGACUGAGCUGUAUGACUACCCCAAGUACAGCUGUCCCUUCAAGAGAGGGGACAAGUACUUUCACUUCUACAACACAGGGCUCCAGAACCAGAGUGUGAUGUACAUGCAGGAUAGCCUGGAUGCUGAGCCCAAAGUCUUCUUAGAUCCAAACACAUUUUCUGAAGAUGGAACUGUUGCCCUGCGAGGCUACGCAUUCUCUGAGGACGGAGAGAACCUGGCGUACGGAACCAGCGCCAGCGGUUCGGACUGGGUGGAGAUCCGCUUCCUGCAGGUAGAAGGGGCCAAGGCUCUGGAGGAUCGCCUGGAGCGAGUCAAGUUCAGCUGCAUGUCCUGGACUCAUGAUGGGAAGGGUCUCUUCUACAACUCUUACCCAGAGCAGAAGGGAAAGAGUGACGGCACUGAGACCUCCGCCAACCUGCACCAGAAGCUGUACUUCCAUAUUUUGGGGACUCCUCAGUCUGAGGAUGUGCUGUGCGCUGAAUUCCCCGACAACCCCAAAUGGAUGGCUGGAGCUGAGGUAUCAGACGAUGGAGGCUACCUGCUGCUGUCGAUCAGGGAGGGGUGUGAUCCGGUCAACAGACUGUGGUACUGUGACCUGAAGACCACUCCUGAGGGAAUUACAGGACUUUUGCCAUGGGUGAAGCUGAUCGACAACUUUGACGCAGAGUACGAGUACGUGACCAACGAGGGCACGUUGUUCACAUUCAAGACCAACCUGGACGCCCCGCGGUACCGCCUCAUCAACAUCGACUUUGCCUCUCCGGCUCAGACCAACUGGAAGGAGCUCAUCCCUCAACACGACAAGGAUGUUAUUGUGUUUGCCACCUGUACCUUCUCCAGCUACGUGUUUGUGUGUUUCCUGCACGACGUGAAGAACGUGUUGAAAAUGUACCGCCUGAGCUCGGGGGAGGAGCUGAGGACCUUCCCCCUCGACGUGGGCUCCGUGGUGGGCUUCACAGGACGGAAGAGGGACUCUGAGAUCUUCUACUAUUUCACCUCCUUCCUCUCCCCAGCCAUCAUUUACCACUGCGACCUGACGAAGGAGCCGCUGCAGCCCCACAUCUUCAGAGAGGUCACUGUCAAAGGCUUCAGCCCCUCAGACUACCAGACCACUCAGAUCUUCUACCCCUCCAAGGAUGGCACAGAAAUCCCCAUGUUUAUCGUCCACAAGAAGGGCCUCAAGUUGGACGGCUCCCAUCCAGGCUUUCUCUACGGCUACGGUGGUUUCAACAUCUCCAUCACGCCAAGCUACAGCGUGUCGCGGCUCAUCUUUGUCCGACAUCUGGGAGGAGUGCUGGCUGUUGCCAACAUCCGAGGAGGGGGGGAGUACGGGGAGACCUGGCACAAAGCCGGCAUGUUGGCCAACAAGCAGAACUGCUUCAACGACUUCCAGUGCGCCGCUGAAUAUCUCGUGAAGGAGGGAUACACUACUUCCUCCAAGCUGACGAUCAACGGGGGCUCCAACGGGGGCCUGCUUGUAGCCGCCUGUGUGAACCAGCGGCCCGAGCUGUUCGGCUGUGCCGUCGCUCAGGUGGGCGUCAUGGACAUGCUGAAGUUCCACAAGUUCACCAUCGGACACGCCUGGACCACAGACUUCGGCUGUUCUGAAGAGAAACCGCAGUUUGACUGGCUCAUGAAAUACUCCCCGCUCCAUAACAUCCGCAUCCCAGAAGGCAACGGGGUCCAGUACCCCUCAGUGCUCCUGCUGACCGGGGACCACGACGACCGGGUGGUGCCUCUGCACUCCCUGAAGUACAUCGCCACCCUGCAGCACAUCGUGGGGCGCAGCAGCAAGCAGACCAACCCUCUGUUCAUCCUCGUGGACACGAAGUCUGGCCACGGCGCCGGGAAGCCCACCAGCAAGGUCAUCCAGGAGGUGGCAGACACCUACGCCUUCAUCGCCCGCUGUCUCAACAUCUCCUGGGUCAAAUAACUGCCCCUCCCGUCACACCGUGUCCUUUUGUUUUGUUUCUUUAUUCACUACAUCUUUGGGAUACUGUUCACACCAGCUGUUUACACCUGGCCAACGUUACUAUACCUUUUGAGCCUGUUAUAGACUCACAGGACUCAUCAACUAUAAACCAACAUUCAGCACUCACAGCUAAUGUACCCUCUCCUGCAGGCCAUUUUUGUAGUCCCAACGAGAGAAAGAAUGACUACAUUAUCAGGUUUGUAAAGCGAAGGGGGUACUUUAACGAUUACAAUUAUCAGCCAAUCAGCAGUUACAGUCAUGAGGUGGAAGUGGGGGAAAAAAGUGUAUUAGGUGAUCAUUUCAGCAUCCUCUGAGCACUUCAAUGUGAUGCAUAUUAUUUAUUUUACAUGUGUGCACAGAAUAGAGGCAGUGGGAUGUUAAAUGCCUCCAGCAUGUACAAGUAUAAAGAAAAUGCUUACACCGCAUGUCUGCAGUACUGCAGUGAGAAACUUGUGUGUGUGUGUGUGUGUGAGUGUGUGAGCGUGUUUAAAUGUCAGUCCCCCAUUUUUUUCAGACUGAUAAUUUCUACCUCUUGACAUGUGCUGAUUGUUUGCCUUUUAAAGGGAACAAAACACAAUGCCACAAUUACAAUAAACAACUUUUUAAACAUUGA